AUGUAUUUGAAGGAGUACAAAAAUGAAUUUGAAGAAGCAUUGAAUACGAACCAGCGGGAAUUGAGAGAGUUAAUGAAUGCGAUGGAGGUGAAAUAUAAUGAACGAUUAGCGACCCUAAAAAUGCACCAGGAAAUGUAUGUAAGAAAUGCAGCAGAAAUAAAGAAAGUGCGAGAGGUAGUGGAACAAAUGAAAAACACAGCUGAUGUAGCUGGGAAGGAAAAUGAAAAGCUAUGCGGGGAAAUAAAAACAUUGGGGAAAGAAAUAAAAGAUAGUGCAACACAACAACAAACGUCAUUUGCAAAUAUGGUGAAAACAAAUAUGAAUAAAAAUGCUGGUAGAGACGUGCCGGAAUUUAAGAAACGUGCGCCUAUUGUUGUGAAACCAAGAACCAAACAAACGAGUGAAAAAACAAAGCAGGAUUUAAAUAAUAAAAUUAACCCUAACGAGCUGAAAAUUACAGACAUUAAGACUGGUCAAAAUGGUGUUAUGAUAAUUGAGAGUGUUAAUGUGGAUGAAAGAGACAAAAUCAAAGAAAUUAUGGAUACGAAUAUUAGUGAUGGAUACGAAAUAAAGAUUCCGCGAGAUUAUAAACCAAAAUUGUUUAUAACAGGCAUGAGCCUUGAAAAGUGUAAUGACGAACUAAUCGAGUGUUUAAAGAAGCAAAACCAAUGUCUAGAAAAGGGUGAAGUUAAAAUUAUUAGGCAGUAUAAUGUGAAAAAUAAAAAUAAUAGUUAUUAUAAUGCAAUAAUAGAGGUGGAUGAAGAAAGUUUUAAUAACACUCUGAAAUGUGAUAAACUGAAUAUAGGUUGGGAAAGAUGUAAAGUCUAUGAUGGUGUUGAUGUGACAACGUGCUUUAAAUGUAAAGGGUACAACCACAAAGCUGCUGAGUGCAAGGACGAUGAAGUGUGCGCCAAAUGCUUGGGAAACCACAAAUCCACCGGAUGUGUUAAUCCACCGAUAAACAAGUGCAUAAACUGUAUAAAGUCAAAUGAAAAGCUCAAACUAGGGCUAGAUAUCAAUCAUCAGUGCAAGAGUAGGCAAUGUCCGGUCUACUUGAAGCAUUUAAAUGCUAAAAAGCAAAGGCUAGGAUAUUAG